AUGCGUGCCGUAGGCCCAGUUCCACGACUCGCAUCAUUUGAGUCUCAGUCGGCUCUUCUGCCUCGACACGACAACACCAAACUCGCCUCCAAUACGACCUGGCGUCGGGGCGUUGAAACGGGGAUUCGCAGACUCCGCCUCCCGGACACAGCUUAUCGGGCGAUUCGUCUUCGAGGCGUGAGUAAAAGCCAAUCCCUCGGCUUGCCGACCGAACACACACAAGACAAGCCUAUCUACGCGCGAAAUCGCGGCGACUACAACAACACAGACCGGCUUCUGUUGUUGCGGCGGGUGUGUCUGUGUCUGGUGGAGUUGUGCUUUUUUGUUACUCGAGCGAAAGUUGCAACCGACAACCACAAAAGGGUGGGCUUCAUUCGCCCCUGGGGCUCAUUCUGGCCACAGUCGACCAUGCCUCGCCAGCUCCUGUUUGUUUAUCUCAAUAUCAUUAUCAAGCGGGCCCUUCCCAACGUGUUCAUGCGUUGUCCGCCAGUUGCCCGAUUCUGCCCUCUACCCUUUUCUCCCCUUUUCCACUCACUUCGUCCGCCACUCCCUCUCGCAUCGCCCGGCCCGUUAACAUGUUCACGCGCAGACUUCUUUUUUUUAUCUCAUGCUCCCUCUCUCCCCCUCCCCACCUCUCUUCCUGUGUCAUACUCUCUCUCUCUCUCUCUUUCUCUCACCGAGUACAUCCUCAAAUUGCAGGCAGACAAGCAAGCCGAGUGCUGUAUUGUGCAAGCCGAUUUUCAGACUUGCCCAAACAACAUGCCCCCUUCCAUGUACGGCGUGGAUGAGUACUCAUGA